ACGGAAAACUCAAAGAAGGACCACUUCAAGGGACGGCAAUGGACUAACAUAAUUUCAGCCGGUAUAUGCAAAAUCCAUCCACAUUGCAGUUUUGCAGUUUUAGGACACAGAGUCAAAGUUGGUGGAUCAACAAGGAAUGCACCUCUUUUUAAAUGCUCUGCACAUUGCUUGUUCAGUGACUGCCCAGUGGACGUUGAUGUCAUUGUGCACAGUGAGACCACACUUAAAGCACACGUGUACUUCAGAGGCAAAACAGCAUUGCAUAUUGAAACAGAGCUGCAAAGGCGACCUGUCAGAGAAGACAAUCAAAAAAUAAUACACCAGCAACUUCAAAACACCCUCCCAAGGGCACUUCAUCUUGAAAGCUUGGAAAAACUUGAGGAAUUAGUGGUUGAGUCAGGUUGUAGAGAUGAAGCACCAUCAUCAGGUGUUCAUCAUCCAUUUCCUGUAGACAAAGAAUGAAACUCUUAGUCUCCUGAAGAUGGUAGAAGAAAAAAAAGCUGAAUCUGACAAAGUGCUUCAGAAAGUGAUACUUCAUCCAAAGGAUGUGAUGCUUUGGUCCAAGAGAAGCAUCAGCAUAUUCCACAACCAAUCUAAAGAGGACAUAGUGUCCCCAGAUGCAACCGCAAGCAUUCUUAAGAAAUCAAAACACAGCGAGGGUCCUUUUUAUGUGUAUGAGCUGGUGGUCACAAACACAAAGAAGGGUUCCUCUCCUUUUCCUGUCGCUACGUAUGUGACCUGUGACCACACAACGGCCUCUGUUCUUUAUUUUCUUAGUUCCUUUCAGACAGAUCAUGCCAAACAAUAUGGACAUAAAAACAUCAGUCCACUCAUGGUUAUAUGUGAUGGCUCCAUGGUCCUCAUGCAGACCUUAACAAUGGCUUUCUGCAAAACAAACCUCAAUGCCUUGCUCCACAGUUAUUAUAACAUACUAACAGGGAAAGGCACUGCUCAAGACUUCAGCCAUCCUAUCCUCCACCGCUGUCUCAGUCACAUAAUGAAAAAUGCAAAAACUUUGUGCAAAAAGCAUGCGCCCAAGAACUACAAGCUGGCCAUGCAUGUGUUUGGACUGUUGACAUCAGCUAGUUCCAUUGGUGAGUUAGAUGAAAUGCUCCUCAGCUGCACUGUCAUCUUCUCCAGCCCAUGCAGCUCAGAAAAUGUUGAGAAGCACUCCAACAACAUUCAAACAAUGCUGACAACCAUUGGGGACUCAACUGUUGAUGACAGCAGCGUUGUUCCUGAGGACCUUGAGGACACCUUCGGUCCAACACCUUUUCAACAACACUUCAUGGAUGUCAUAAACCCCUAG